AUGACCGACUAUUCCGAGAUCCAUCAUGAUGAUUCCGAGUCCCUUGACUCCAAGGACCUCGCUGAUUCCAUUGACGCUGAAGAUGAGACCGUCUUUGAAAACGACCCCGAUGAUGACGAUGCAGAGUUGAAUACCCUUGGUUGUGUCCCAGACUCUGAGGAUCAUGUUGAGUCGGAAUUGGAAGUUGAGUACGACGAAGGUGAUGACGACGAAGAAGACGACGAAGAUGUUGAUGACGGCAACAAGCUCAAUAUUUCUCGACCGACAAUUGGUGGACCAUUUUCCCCAACCAACCCCCCUCCAACCUUGACGAGUCUGAGGAUGCCUGCCUUGAGAGAUGACACCGACUGGGAAGAGACGAUGUCACCAGAAACGUGGGUCUAUCGUGGGUUCAAGCAGUCGAUAGGGAGAUCUUCAGCGGAAAAGAUUAUCCAAAUCUUCAAAGAGGUCAUCCCCGCGUCAACAAGAGCAAUCCUUGUGCGUUCUACUCUCACGCAUGAGGAUAUAAUUGCUCUACCAAACGUUGAUCACUCGUUGACUCGUCCGGGGAUCUAUUUGAUCUGCUUGGCACAAUCCAAUGACCAGCAGCCUCAGGUGCCCGAUGAAGAUUUGAUCGACUCCACCACUGAUCAGCAUCCUCGAGUGCCUGAUGAAGAUUCGACCGACUCCGCCACUGAUCAGCAGGGUGAGGUUCCCAGUGGGCUUUAUACGGGAUCCAGCAUAAAAAAUGUUUCUGGUCGCUGUGUCGACCAUAGUGCCAAGUUCAAGCAAAUUGCCAGGACAAUUUUACGCGAUGAUCGACUUUUACCUAAUGGCAACAUAGCAAUGUAUCUCUACUGCUAUGCCAAGAAGUACGGGCUUGUACCGUCUUACCGGCAAAUUGCGAUUUUUCCGGAGCAGUUGGAGGGAAUCGACUUUCCACAUGCGGAUACGAGAUGGCUCGUUCGCCUGCUUGAGCAAGUGGUGACACUUCUACUGGAUACAUAUGCACCCAGUCAAACCAGUCAAGCCAGGCGACGUUACGGUUAUACCGAUGAGAUGUACCUCGGCGCACUUGCACAGUGCGAGAUACCCCCGAGCAUGUUUCAUCCUCUAAACCACGCUAUGCCAUUGAAACAAAAGUGUGGAUGGACUGUUGGUGCGCGCGUAUGUCAAAAUUGUGGAAGUCAGAGCACUGCAGCCAAUGGAUGGUAUUACGACCCGGCCGCUUGCGAAGUUGCUGUGUUGUACAAUUGCUCAGCUUGUUACUGGUACCGAUUCCGGAAUGACACUAAUCGGCCGCCGGACUUUUUUGUCGCUUUGAAGGGCCGCCCCAAAGCUGGUCCAUGCUCGAAUUGCGAAGCGACAGAGUCCACCCAAUGGGAAUGGCAUCCAAGAGACAAGAACCGUGUUAUCUGUUCAAAGUGCCGCUCUCACUGGACGAGGUAUGCAAUUGACCGGCCCCCAAAACAGAAAAGUACUGUUCAGACUGUGGUGCCACAGAAAGCAAAGGACAUUUUCAUCGCGCCUAUGAUUCAAAUGGAAAGAAGAACAAGCAAUACUGGUGUGCCACUUGUGCCAUGCGUCGGCAGAGGAGACGCAACCGCGAAGCCCGGGAAAAUAAACAUGCAAACCUGA